GCUUGUGUAGCUGCGGUUUGAGCGCGUAUAUGCAGAGGAGGAGGAUGAGGAGGGGAGCGCAGUGGGGCGCGCUGAGCGGCAGACAGAGCAUCAGUACAGCGCAGCAGAGCGCCGCGGUCACACCGGGGAAGGACGCACCGAUCUCCGAGGAGAGGUGGGGAAAUCGGCUUUUAUUUGCUGGACAGCGUCGCACACACCUGACAGGCGAAGAUAAAAAGACAAACGACAACAAAAGGGAGGUUGCGCAAAAGUAGUCUGCAACAUUCAGGGUUUCAGCCGAUUUCUGCAAGUCGUGGCAUUUGUUUGGAAACUAGUCAAACAAUGCACUCUGUCGGAGACGGCUGAUGCCAGAAGAUGAGACUCGGAGGAAGUUUUUGGCGACGUCCCGCUGUUUUGUGGUCCUCAGGUGGGACAAAGUCUCUCCGGUCACCUUCUGAUAAUGCCUCGUGGCGGCGCGCCGGCGUGCGUGUGACUGACUGACUGACCGACAGUCUGUCCAAGAGAGAAAGAGAGGCUGGAUAGAAACACCAGACAGGCUGUCAGGCAGCGACGGCUGGACUCCCAGCGCAGGCUUCUCUCCUCUCUCCCCGCUCCCCAGACUCAUGCAGGAUGCCCGGGAAGCGCCGCCGGGGAGUGCUGGUCCAGCUCAGCCCGAGUUCAUGACGCCCUGGGCGGCCUCGUCAUGCGUUUCUUGCCCGAGCCCAGCGCCCAUUCCCUCCGGCUUCUCUUCCUCUUUAUCUUCGUGAUGGGGGUGGCCCCCUCUCCGGCGCUCACAGCCGGCUGCCCUGACGGAUGCGUGUGCGACGACCAGCUGGUGGUCCAGUGCGCCGGGCAGGAUCUCACGCUGUUCCCCAACGACCUGCCCCUGGCGACCCGGCAGCUCAUCCUCUCCAACAACCGCAUCGCGGACCUGCCGCCCCUUCAGCUCAACUACCUGUCCGACCUGGUCUAUCUCGAUUGUAGCAACAACUCGCUGACAGAAAUCUCAGAGUCUACUUUCGGGAACUUGCGGAAACUCGCUUACUUGGACUUGUCUUUCAACACGCUGCUGCAGAUUGAGGACCGGACAUUCGGGCCCCUGGCUUCCCUGGUGAUGCUCCGGUUGACGGACAAUCCGAAUCUGGGGGAGAUCCACCCGGACGCCUUUUCGGAGAACUUUGCUCUGCAGGUCCUGGACGUGAGUCGGAACAACCUGACGGUCUUGAACAUCAGCAGUCUGAUCGCCCUGCCCGCUCUGCGCUCUCUGGGCCUCAGCGGGAACCCGUGGAGGUGCGAUUGUGACACCGAGGACCUCUGCCUGUGGGUGCAGAUAGAGGGAUUCAAGUUCCAAGAUGAGGGCCAGACGAUUUGCUACAACCCUCCGGAGCUGGCGGGCCAGCGUUUGGCGGAGGUCGGCAUGCAGCUGCGGGCGGACUGCCACCAGGGUCUGGGCUACUGGGACUACCUCUUCUUCAUCGCCAUUGGCUUCGUCAUCUUCUCGGCCGGCACGGUGUCGGCCUGGGUGAUGGGCGUGCUCAUGGUGCUGUACGAGCGCUACAGCAAGCGUAAGAGCGAGGAGCUGGACAGCGAGGACGAGGACGAGAGGGGGCCGAUGAACGGGAGCGGCGGAGGAGGCAACCAGGGCAACGGGGACCUGAGCAAACCCAACAUGCAGGUGUGACGGGCCGCUGCGGAGAGGCGUCCGGAAACGCUACUUGAAGGGAAAACGGACAGAAAACGGAGGAGGGACGAGCCUCCGCCCUGAAACCGAGAUCUGCUUGUCUCUUCCUGUUGCAGAUUUAGAUAUCGCAAAUGCUCUUUAACGUAACGAAAAGUGUGUGUUUAAGUGUGUGUUGGCGUGUGUGUGCGCACGUGUGUGUGUGUGUGUGUGUGUGUGUGUGUGUGUGUGAGAGAGAGAAACAAUCAGAGACAGCAAUAAGGAUGCCUUCGAGCUAGGAGAACAGAUUGACCUCUGAGAUUAUUGAGAGCAAUAGCCCUGCACAUACAACCACAUGUUCCUCCAUGCGAUGUAAAGUGCUCUUUACCAACACCUUGUGCGAGUGGCACAUUCAAGCACACGCACACUUCAUUCAGAAAAUAAAGGUAAAAUAAGAAGAAGAAAAAAAGACCCAUGCCUUAAAUCUGCCACAGUGGAAACAGGGAAACUUGUUUAUGUCAAUGUUUAAACGGUAUUUUCACUUGAAAUAGUCAACAUUAGCUGUUCUGUGCUGAGGACGAAAUCUGUAAACAUUGAGCAAAAACUCAUUUUGGGGGCACAUAAUUAAAUAGAUAAAAACACAUUAGUGUGAUUGUGCAUAAAAGAAGUGACUCACAACUCACUGAAACACAAGCAACACAGAAAGUUCAGGGAUCUGCCGUUCAAAAGUCAGGGCAUUCUGUUCUUUAUUGAGGCUGCUGAGAUCGAAGCGGCAUCGGAAACUUUCCAUGGGGAUCUUGGAAAUAUUUCAAACUGUAAACUUUUCAUGGGAAAUCACGAGGAUGAACUGGAAGUUUAAAGAAACCACAUCACAUACGGGCAUGAAUAUUUUUUUUCUUUUGCAACUAAAUUCCGAUUAAUCCCCAUGAAAAGUUUCUCAGUUUGGCAAUCGAUGGAGUUUUGCAACCGCAUUUCUUAUGUCAAACAGGCACUUUGUUGAGUUUUUGUUGUUGUUGUUGUUCUUUUUAGCUACAAGUACUAUUGGAAAUUAUUUGCUUAAUUGGUUUUGCAGUCUUUUUGACUGACAGCUGGUUAGAGGCAAAAACUGAUGCAGUCUUCACACAGGAGAGAUAUUAGCAGAAUUAAUUGUGUGACAUUUUUUUGAAUGUAAAAUCAUCUCUAAAAAGCUUUGCCACUUUCUAACAAAGCAGCUUGACACCACUUAAAAACCUCGUUUUGGGCUGAUCUUUCAGUGUGCUUGAGCUUCGUAGAGUGAAGCUUCAGUGCUCUUUUCAACUAGGCGUGAUUACAGGCUCCCGCUUGUUCCCGAGUUUCGAUUGGCCGUUUGAGAAAUUUAGGCUUAGAGCACAACGCGCAGCGUCACAAAUUGUACGUGACUUGAACAUGUCACCUUGUUUGAGCUGGACGUUAUGAAAUCGUGACCUGGCUCCUGCGGGACUCCCUAAUGCAGCAGAAUCACAACAGGAGUGUCGGAGACGCAAGACCAACACCCCGGCAAGUUUUGAGUGCUCGUCUGCCUUAUUUAGAGUAAACAGGACAACGUUGGUUGCAGCAACAGUAACAUUGCACCGUUUUCUUCAACAAUGACAGAACACUGAUUUCUUCUCACAAGACGUUCUUUUGCAGUGAAAGAUUUUGUCUAAAACGGCGGACAAUCCCACAUUUGCAGACUUUGGUCCCUCACCUCAUCUCUAGACAUUGUGCAAGGUGUUCAAGUCAGAGUUGCCAACUUUUCAGCUGCCGGUACGGUUAUAGGAUCUCCUUAAUUGGAAUGAGGUUUGUCCAGUCGGAGUUAGAAAUAGAAGAAAACUCUGAAAUGUGAACGUUGGCAACCCUGCAGGUAGCCGUGUCUCCGGUGCUCCAAGGGUUUCAUUUGGCUGAUUUGUGGCAGGUUUAUAUGGUGCAUUUGAUUUGUACUCUGAUGCUGGAAUCUUGUAACUCCAAAUUAGGACUCCAAGUACACAUUGAAUAAAUAGGCCAUGCAUGUAAAACUAAUAGAAAGUUACAGCAAUAUAGUGGAUAUCGGCAUUCCCUUGUCAGGGACCAAAGCCAGCCGCAAAUAGUUAAGCUCCAGGAGUAGCUGAGACCCCCUCUAGAAAUUCUUGGCUAUUUUCACAGUUCAACACUAAAGAUGCCUGAUUAUGCAUUAACGCGUACAGGGGAAACUGUUUUAGCACUACCACAGAAGCUAAAAUCUACAGCGGUCUUCCUUUUUUCAGCUUUCUGGGGUACAGCCUAUCAGCACCAGUGAAAGUAAAUGCAGCCCCGGCAUUGGCUGCUUUGCAAACGGCAGCCAAUAGCAUGUCAAGUAGCAUGUCACCCAGUUAAUCCAGCUGGAUUAACUGCAAUUUCCUUUCACAUGUUUCAGAUGUGCGCCACAAAAAAAAUUGAGAAUACCUUUAAGUUAGGUUCCACAGUAAAAUUGGUGAAUCUGCAAAACAUGAAUUGUGAAUAGGUGGCAGUUCUGAUGAUUCCUUAUCAACAUAAAUCCGUAUAACGAUGUAAGAGACUGUGGUCAGUACACAAUAUCGCAGUCCAGGACUGACCAGUCCACAUUUGCAUUAUUCUGCUGAUCUGCUUCUAGACCGACCCUAAAUAUUGAAGAUUUUAAACUAUCUGAUGCAGCCCAGACUUGUCGACAACUUUUUAAAAGUCUGUAAGCUCUGAUAGGAAAAUGUGAAGCAGGUUAACAUUAAAAAUAUCUCCGAAGUCCUUAAAAACCUUUUUGUAUCUUGUCUCUGUCAAAUAUUCUAUUUUCUAGCGAGUCCUCAAAAUGCUCCUGAAUAAAUAUUUCACAUUAUGUGUAGGGUUCUUCAAUGAUUCUCUUCAAUUCUUCUUCCGACGAGUGUUGCUUAAAAAGGCAAGUCUCAAACACAGAUUUUUGUUGCUAAGUUGAAAUCAUCACUUUCAUUGCUAAUAUCAGUAGAUCUGCUACGACAUCCCUGCUUUAAUGUUUACGUUUCAGGAUGUGCUCCUGUUACAUUUCCCUGCAGACAGUUGUUAGCACAGCAACAGCCAGCAAAUCCUGCUGGCUACUGGGCCGGGCUCAGCCCAGCUCUGAAGUCAAUUCCAGAACCAUUACUGAUGCACAGAUCUUCAUUCCUGGACAUAUUUUCUUGUUUUUGGUGUCAGUUUACUGCUCGAGCUUUGUCCCCUGUAAAGGCAGACAAAGUCUUCCUUUGGGGGAACCAAGUACUCCGGUAACCUGUGCAUUGGCUUUUCGUUAGGUCUCACUGUGAACCUAAAGAUUCACCACAGUGCAGCAACCAUAUCUGAGAUGCUGCACUUAAAGAAGUGGGACAGAUUCAUGGUGGCUGCACAUGAAGAUGGUAAUAAGACGGAUUUAAUCAGUCAAGCACUUAAUGUUGACUUUAUGUGAUGUGACUGGUCUUAUCUCCUGGUUAACCUCACGUUACACUGAACAUACAAGGCUGAGAAAAUGAAUUUAAUUCCUUUUAGUUUUAAAUUUUUAUUUUAUUUUUUGUCCUAAGUUUCAGGCACAUUUUAUUGUUAAAGAAAGUGAAUUUCUUUUUGGAAACAAAGGCCAUCAAGUGUUUGUGACAAAUGAAAGCCACUGAGGAGAAAUACUCAUCUUAGUGUACGUUUUCUAAUUAAUUUGAAGGAUUUAAUGCGUGAACAACGUGAAAUUGGAUCUAAUUUAAGUUUGGACUUUGACAAAGCCACCCCAGAACCCUAGUUCUUGUGCCUUUGUUUUAGUUUUAGUCAGAACUGCUCAUACUUGGCAUUUGUGCUUAGUUUCACAUUCUUAUUGUUAAAUUCUGACUUUUAUGCAGGUUUCAACAUCUGUCUCGGAAUUUUGAAGACCAUUAUGAAUUAAAUUUAAAAACCCUCAGCUCAACAGAAAAGUCCAAACUUCAUCCAGCCAACUGGCGAUAAAUUUGCACUGACCCACGAGAAAUGCAAAAAAGCUAGUCAGCAGUGAGUUAGUGGUAGCCGCAACUGUCUUGAGUGUCACGCAAUGAAGACGUCAAAACAUAGAACAUACAAAAGUACGACAAAAUUUAAGACCUGUGACUAACAUAUUAAAGGCAAACUGAAUUUAAGACAUUUAAGACCUUAAUUUUAGAUACAAACAUUUAAAUUUAAGUCUUUUAAGGAUGUCCUGUGAAUCACGUCCUCUUAACUGAGCUGCAAUGUGUUGGGCGUUCUGCUUGCUUCUUGUGGGACCUCUCUGAGUUGUCAUUGUGCCCUUGAAGUAAUUUUGAUAGGCCAGUCACUUGUGGGAAGAUUCGCCACUGUUUUAUGUUUGGUUCUCAUUUCGGUUCUGCGUUGUCCAAAGCCCUUUAAAAUGGCUUUGUAAUGUCCUUCCCAAAAGAUUGAUGUCUGCAGCUUUACCAUCAUCCAGAUCAAGGCAUCAUUUUUUGCUUUUUGACAUCUUCUAUAUAAGUGUUCUAUAUAAGUGAAUGUAUUGAUUCUACAGAUUUGACCAUAAUUAAGCCUGGGUGUUGUUUGUAAACAUCAUCUUAACUGAUCAAAAAAUGGGUCACCAACCCGCAGGAAUGUCCUUGUUAUUUUUGACCGCCAUAAUCUUUGUCCUUGUGGAUCUGGAAUGUGACAAUGAAAAAGCAAAAAACAGAAGAGAUCUGCAGCCAAUAUGUUUAAACAACAACAUUCAAGGUCACCGGGGAGCACCGAAAGUGGAGUGUUUGUUGGUUGCUCGCGCGACUGCGUCUGUUUAAUUGGGUCAGAGCAUCACAAAGCAUCUCUGCGAGCAGCAUGGGUGAAUGAUGUAUGGACAGACGACGAUCGAAAGCCCCUUCUCUUCCACUCCGCGUCGCCUCCAGCCCGUCCGUCGCGGGUAGGAGUUCGGAGAUGAUAAACGACAAACUUCCUGAUGGAGAUGGGCGGGGAGAAGAGUGCGGACAAUGUCAGAAGUGUGAAUUCUUUCCGAACGACACGCUGAGCCGUUUCAGAGAUUGAUGGGCUACAUUAUUGUCCUUUGCUGAGAACGUAAACGCAUAAAGGAUAAAUCUCAAGAGAGCUCGAUGCAUGUGUCACUGAGUAUCUGUGAGCACACACAGGUGUAUAUUUAUGGCUUCGGGCGCCGUCUUUUGAUGCUGAUGCACAUGAGUGGCUUCAGAUUUAUUUACAACGGUGGGUUAACUAAUCAUCAGGGUAACACACCUUAUCCGACACAAAGUCAACCACAGGAAUCAGCCCACUGUCUGCUUUCCACACAUACACACGCCGGCCAGCCGUCACACACACACAUACGCACACACCCACACACACACACAUCCAGCACAUGCAAAAUGAAUCUCAAGGGCACAGCUAAAGUCAGAGCCGCGGGCCCGAGAACAUUAACACUCCUGUUUUGGUCUCUCUUGCCAUGCAUCACUACAUCCUCUUAUCCUCCCCUCCAUCUUCAAUCUGACGCCAUCAUCAGCUUUAACACACACACGCGCGCAGAGACACACCUGGACUCAUAAUUUACCCCGGCUAAAUCUUUACGCUGUCAUUAUCAGAUCGUUUUUGUCAAAGGGAAGCUUAAAGUGCCGUCCGUCCGUCUUAUAUUACAUCACAAUCAUUUGGCACAGAAGGGCACGACCUCUCAGCCGCAACAUGUACUUAUCAGAGGACAACAAUACUUCCUGUCUAGAGAGCGUAACUAUUUUCAGUUUGAUGCCGGCGACGACUGUACAGCGGACAGAGAGCGACUGUUGCUUGCGUGCUGUAGGUCAGAAACUGCGGCGGUUUGGCAAAGGAAGCGAUUUCUAACUAGUGCUAACAUGUUGCAGCACCGAACAGAGGGCAGAGUAAAAAUACCGCGGACGUUAAAGGAUGAGGGUUUUGUGUUUGUUGACGUGUAGAAAGUCUCAAACGAGCCUCUGAGAAACACAUCUUUGGUCGAUAAUCGAUUUAUUUAAGGUCUAGUUGAAGCGAGGUUCUCCCUUUCAGGCAUUUUCCCGCCAAAGCUGUUCUUUACUGGUUGAUUUACUUUUACGACCCGAAAGCCAGCUUGACAUUACAUCAGUCAGUCAAUCAGAUUAAUAUGCAUAGCACAUUUCAGCGACAAGGCAGUUAAAAUUGUGAAACCAGUAACAGAGAUUAUAUUUUGUCCAUUGCCAUCAUUAAAAUCAUCAAUACGUUGGUCCAUGUUGCCAUUAUUAUGUGACAGCAUUAUUUAUUUAUUUUUUCCCCUCCAGGGGGUCUUUUUGUGGGCUCUAGUGUCCUUUAUAUGACAGUAGGCUGACAGGAAAGGGGGAAGGAGAAGGGGGAAGACAUGCGGCAAACGUCGGCCGGGUCCGGGAAUCAAACCCGCGACCGCCGCGUUGAGGACUGAAGGCCUCCAAAUGUGGGUCGCGCUGUCCCCUACGCCACCACAGCACGCCCUAUGUGACAGCAUUAUAAACGUCUCAUCCAGUAAAUACUUUGUGGAGGAUCAUGGUGCAGGAAGACAUUUUAAUGUUACCAGUGUCAGUAAACAGAUGUUCUCAUCCCAUUAUGUUAAUAUAUUAACACUAUUUUGCAGGUUUUGUGAAUGAACAGAGAGAUUUAUUGACACCAAGCGAUGAUAAAGAUGGUUUUUAUGAGGAAGUGAGUUGUAAAUGGUCUCCAUGGAUUCAGUGAAGAUUAUUUGUGAGUGCAUUUGAACUCCUUAAGCUCCGUGACGAGCGAUUAAUUUGAUUACUUGCUAACACUAAAGGAAUAUGUUUUUAAUGUUUAUUUUGACCUGAAUUAAUAAAGACACUAAAAGGCCUAUACAUAUUCCACAAGAACUGAGUAGGGCUGGGCGAUAUGAACGAUAUGAACUUCAAUUUUUAUCUCGAUAUUUUGUGGUACUGUUGGGAUAUCGACAAACGUGACAAUAAGAACUAUUUUUUUACAGCUUUUCUUGGUUACUGAACGGAUCUGAAAGCAUGACGCUCUUGAAUAAAACACCCAUUUGUAAUAUGUUUUUUUCAGACACUAGUCGUGUGAUUUGCAACAACAGCAGGUAGUAAAUGCAUUUAACCAUAUUUUCAAAUUUAUUGAUAUUUUUCCAUGCUCUAAGCAAAUAAUUGAGAAAAUGUCAAAAAUAACAAUCCCAACAAUAAGGACAGUUUUGGUGGUUUAAAACAUCAUCUGUUGGAUUGUAUUGUGACAACAAUAAAUCAAAAUUCCUUUAAUGACAAGAUAUUUAUCACGAUAAUAGAUAAACGAUACGACAAAUGCCCUAAAACAGAGAUCCUUAUUUUCUCUCCCUUGACUGCAGGAAACUAAAUAACGUCGUUCUGUUCUAAGUUUGAGAGUUUUUGACACAUCAUCUGGGACCGAACUGGAGCUAAGGAAGCACUAGAACCAGUUUAUGACUGGGACCAGUUUGCAGGGCAAAUGAAAAAUCCUAACUUUCAUCUUACUUUGAAUAAAAAAAGAUGUAAUUUCACAGAAAACUGAAGCAAAGAUGUGAAAGGCUAACAGCCAAACAGCUGUUGUUUUGGGUCAUCUAGACAACUUAAAAUAAUAUUUAAAUGUGUUCAUCCAUCCAUUCAUUCACCCAUUUUCUAUAACCGCUUAUCUUUGCAAGGUAGCAGGAGGGCUGGUAUCUAUUCCCAGCAGCCAUUGCGCGAGAGGCAGGGUACUUCCUGGAGAGGUCACUACAUCAUAUUAUUAGAGAUUGAUCUUGUAUAUUCUCCCCAAGGAUCGUUCGUAAGUCUGUUCCUGUUUUCUCUGGCCAACACCAUCUGAGUUACUCCUGAAGUUACACGCCGCUGGAAGGAAAGGAUCUGCCAAACCGAAAAGGUUUAAUCCGGAUCCGACGGCGUCGCAAGGGAACGAGUAGGCAUGGGCCUCAGGGUCUCAGGGUUUGCUUGGCAUUUAAAACAUUCCACUUUCACAACUGCUGAAACUCUCUAUCGCUCUGCAGUUCUUGUGGACCUUUGAAUAAAAUGAGUUUGGAGCAAAAGUGAUCCACUUCCACCGCCCCUCCCUAACCUGUUUCUGAGCACUGCAGCCCAAGACGUUUUUAUGUUACCUUUUUACAUGAAAAACAGCCAUUUUCUCCAAUUACCGUUAUGAAGUUUAUGUUAUUUUAAAAAACAAAAGUUUGCCUGUUUUAAACCUAGAGCAGUAAAUCUGUUAAGCAUAGCGGGUGUUUAAUCCAUAUUUUACUUCAGUCUUUCACCACUGUGUGCAUCUGUUAAUAAAAAGAUAAAAUAAUUUUAAAAGUCUUUGAAAAUGACCUAUCAUGAGACACAAUGUUAUAUCAGCGAAUACUGACUUUCUUCACUCCGCAGCAGACCAGUUCCACCUUUUACCAGUCACUCUGAAAAUAUCUCCGCUCACUAAAAUAUGCCAUUUUUCUAACUCAAGAGAAAAAUAAUAUGCCUGACUGUCUUAUUUAAAGGAAUAUUGCAUAUUUUGAGAAUUAAGAGCACAGCUUUUGCUGCUGAGGAAUGAAAAAAUGAAGUUGCUGCUCAGUCAGUCACUCAUUGCUGAGGGUGUUGAUCUUUGCCUUGAUCCAAGGAAGUGAUGAAUGAGAGACAGGGGCUUCUUUGAAACCUCUCCCCUCUGCUCGUAAUCUCUUAACACAUACCGUGUAUGUGCAUGCGUGCAGGCGUGUGUGUGUGUGCAGGAGAAGAUAUCAUUUCACCUGCUGUUUAGAACUCAGAGUGCUGUGAUGGCUCGCUGCUAAAGCUGCAGAUUUCAUACAUCCUUUAAGACUCCUACUGUCCUCCCUGUAGGUGUGUGUGUGUGUGUGCGUGCGCGUGUGCGUGUUUGUGUGUGUGUUUAUGUGCGGGAUUUCUGACACAGAAUUUGACCUUCUGAACCUGCUGAGAGACAGUCUGUUAUAUUUAUUUUUUUCCUCCCUCUGUCAUUUCUUUGAGAUUUUCCUUUAAUUUUGUACGUGAUGAAUCAUGAGCAAUAAAAAAAUUACCGAAUAAUUCUGGUUUCACUGAAGCUGAGUGUCGGAGUCCUGAGGGAUUUAGAGGGACAAAAGAGGUUUGGUUAACCCCGUGGCCGAGUGAGGGAAUCCUCUAGCUCACAACUGUGAAAUGACUG